AUGAACGAGGCGGUGGGCACCGGUGGGCUGAUCAGGCCGGGUGCGGUGGUGGUGGACUGUGGUGCGGCACCGGGCUCAUGGACCCAGGUGGCAGUGGAACUGGCCUCACCUGGCGGAACCGUGGUGGCCCUCGACCUGCUUGACUUUGAGCCCGUGCCAGGAGCGCACUGCCUGUCCCACCUCGAUCUUCGCCAGACGGCUCAAGUCAUUCGCCAUGUGCGCAAAGUCCUCGGUGCCGAUCACUGCGUUGACGUUGUCCUCAGCGACAUUGCACCCCCCGCCUCCGGAUUGGGAGACCUGGAUCAUCCCAACCUCAUCCAUCUCGUCCACUGUGUUCUUCAGCAACGUGAGCUGCCAAUGUACCAGUGUAAGUAG